AUGCUGCGCGUGCGGUGCCUGCGCGGGGGCAGCCGCGGAGCCGAGGCGGUGCACUACAUCGGGUCGCGGCUUGGAAGAUCACUUACCGGAUGGGUGCAGCGAACUUUCCAGAGCACCCAGGCAGCCACAGCCUCCGAGGCUUCCUGUGCUGCUGAUGACAAUAAGGCCACCGAUCCUGUUCUGAAGGACUGCCCUGUUUGCUCAUACAAUGAAUGGGACCCACUGGAGGAAGUAAUUGUAGGGAGAGCUGAAAAUGCAUGUGUCCCUCCUUUUUCUGUGGAGGUUAAGGCCAACACGUAUGAAAAGUAUUGGGGAUUCUACCAGCAGUUUGGAGGCCAGAGCUUCCCCAAAGAUCACUUAAAAAAAGCUGUUGCUGAAAUUGAAGAAAUGUGCAAUAUUCUGAAAAUGGAAGGAGUCAUUGUGAAGAGGCCUGAGCCAAUUGACUGGUCAGUCAAAUAUAAAACACCUGACUUUGAGUCUACAGGUAUGUAUGCUGCUAUGCCAAGAGACAUCCUGUUGGUAGUUGGAAAUGAAAUUAUUGAGGCUCCAAUGGCCUGGCGAGCUCGUUUCUUUGAAUAUAGAGCAUACCGGCCAAUCAUCAAGGAGUACUUCAACUGUGGGGCCAAGUGGACAACUGCACCCAAGCCCACAAUGGCAGAUAAACUCUAUGACCAGGAUUAUCCCAUCCGCUCUGUUGAAGAUAGACAUAAGCUGGCUGCUCAGGGAAAAUUUGUGACCACUGAAUAUGAGCCAUGCUUUGAUGCUGCUGACUUUAUUAGAGCUGGAAGAGAUCUUUUUGUACAAAGAAGCCAGGUUACUAACUACAUGGGCAUUGAGUGGAUGCGGAGACAUCUGGCACCUGAAUAUAGAGUACACAUCAUCUCUUUUAAAGAUCCUAAUCCUAUGCACAUUGAUGCCACAUUUAAUAUCAUUGGACCUGGCCUUGUGCUGUCCAACCCAGAUCGUCCAUGCCAACAGAUUGAACUCUUCAAAAAGGCAGGCUGGACAGUGGUUCAGCCUCCACUUCCACUCAUCCCAGAUGGACACCCACUGUGGAUGUCUUCUAAAUGGCUCUCCAUGAAUGUCUUAAUGCUGGAUGAAAAACGUGUGAUGGUGGAUGCCAAUGAGACUUCCAUUCAGAAGAUGUUUGAAAAUCUAGGCAUUUCUACAGUUAAAGUGAAUAUUCGUCAUGCCAAUUCCUUGGGAGGUGGCUUUCAUUGCUGGACAUGUGACAUCCGCCGCCGUGGCACCCUGCAAUCUUAUUUUGACUAGUCAUUAGCCAAAUAAACAGCUGCAAAAUUUGAGAAAUGUGCUUAGGAAACAAAUAAGUAAGUUUUGGCAUUCUCCUAAAAUAAGUGCAUGAGCUGCAGUGCUUGAGCAAUGGUGUCCCUAUGGUGGUACAGUGACAGCUGAUUCUUCUUCCACUCUCUACACUAAAUACAUGCAGUUUGAAACUAUUUUUUAUCAGUACAACGGGAUUUCUGGCUGGCUUUUUUGAAAGAAUUCCUCUAUUCAUGAAGCCCCUUCAGGUGGCUUCAAGUGUAAAAACUUGACAGUGCAUCGAAGGCUCUUGCUAGAAUAGUUUGGCCACUAAUAUUAACCAUCUACCUCUAUUUUUUUUAAUAUUUUAUCAAAAAGGCAGCUUGAAAUGUUAGACUCAAGUUUAACAGUUACUUUUUCUUUCCAGUCUGUUUACUGCUGUAG